CCUUGGGCCAAGAUGGCGGCUUACCUGCAGUGGCGGCGCUUCGUUUUCUUCGACAAGGAGCUGGUGAAGGAGCCGAUAGGAAAUGAUGGGACUGCUCCUGCGGCUGCACCUGCCUCGGGACCCGCUGCUUCCAAGUUCCUCUGCCUCCCUCCCGGCAUCACUGUCUGCGACUCCGGCCGAGGGAGCCUAGUCUUUGGAGAUAUGGAAGGCCAAAUCUGGUUCUUACCUCGCUCCCUACAGCUGACAGGCUUCCAAGCCUACAAACUGCGGGUGACACACCUGUACCAACUGAAGCAGCACAAUAUUUUGGCAUCUGUUGGUGAAGAUGAAGAAGGCAUCAACCCCCUGGUAAAGAUUUGGAACCUGGAGAAGAGAGAUGGUGGCAAUCCACUCUGCACCCGAAUCUUCCCUGCCAUCCCAGGAACAGAGCCGACAGUUGUGUCUUGUUUGACUGUCCAUGAAAAUCUCAACUUUAUGGCCAUCGGUUUCACAGAUGGCAGUGUUACACUGAACAAAGGAGACAUCACCCGGGACCGGCAUAGCAAGACCCAGAUUCUGCACAAGGGCAACUAUCCUGUAACUGGGCUGGCCUUUCGCCAAGCGGGAAAAACCACUCAUUUGUUUGUUGUGACAACUGAGAAUGUUCAGUCCUAUAUAGUUUCUGGAAAGGAUUACCCUCGUGUGGAGUUGGACACCCAUGGUUGUGGCCUGCGCUGCUCAGCCCUAAGUGACCCUUCACAGGACCUGCAAUUCAUAGUGGCCGGAGAUGAAUGUGUCUAUUUGUACCAGCCUGAUGAACGUGGGCCCUGCUUUGCCUUUGAGGGCCAUAAACUCAUCGCUCACUGGUUUAGAGGCUACCUUGUCAUUGUCUCCCGUGACCGGAAGGUUUCUCCCAAGUCGGAGUUUACCAGUAGGGACUCCCAGAGCUCCGACAAGCAGAUUCUCAACAUUUAUGACCUGUGCAACAAGUUCAUAGCCUAUAGCGCCGUCUUUGAGGAUGUAGUGGAUGUGCUUGCUGAGUGGGGCUCCCUGUACGUGCUGACGCGGGAUGGGCGGGUCCACGCACUGCAGGAGAAGGACACACAGACCAAACUGGAGAUGCUGUUUAAGAAGAACCUAUUUGAGAUGGCCAUUAACCUGGCCAAGAGCCAACACCUGGACAGUGAUGGCUUGGCCCAGAUCUUCAUGCAGUAUGGGGACCAUCUCUACAGCAAGGGCAACCAUGAUGGGGCUGUUCAGCAGUAUAUCCGAACCAUUGGGAAGUUGGAGCCAUCCUAUGUGAUCCGCAAGUUUCUGGACGCCCAGCGCAUCCACAACCUGACCGCCUACCUGCAGACCCUGCACCGGCAGUCCCUGGCCAAUGCUGACCACACCACCCUGCUGCUCAACUGCUACACCAAGCUCAAGGACAGCUCGAAGCUAGAGGAGUUCAUCAAGACAAAGAGUGAGAGUGAGGUCCACUUUGAUGUGGAAACAGCCAUCAAGGUCCUCCGUCAGGCUGGCUACUACUCCCACGCCCUCUACUUAGCUGAGAACCAUGCCCAUCACGAGUGGUACUUAAAGAUACAGUUAGAAGACAUCAAGAAUUAUCAGGAAGCCCUCCGGUAUAUCGGCAAGCUGCCUUUCGAGCAGGCUGAGAGCAACAUGAAACGCUAUGGCAAGAUCCUCAUGCACCAUAUACCAGAGCAGACGACCCAGUUGCUGAAGGGGCUCUGUACAGACUAUCAGCCUAGCCUUGAAGGUCGAGGAGAUCGGGAGGCCCCAGGCUGCAGGGCCAACUCUGAGGAGUUCAUCCCCAUCUUUGCCAAUAACCCUCGAGAGCUGAAAGCUUUCCUGGAACACAUGAGUGAGGUCCAGCCCGACUCGCCGCAGGGCAUCUACGACACACUUCUGGAGCUGCGACUGCAGAACUGGGCCCAUGAGAAGGAUCCCCAGGUCAAAGAGAAGCUUCAUGCAGAGGCCAUCUCCCUGCUGAAGAGCGGCCGCUUUUGCGACGUCUUUGACAAGGCCCUGGUCCUCUGCCAGAUGCACGACUUCCAGGAUGGGGUCCUUUACCUCUACGAGCAGGGGAAGCUGUUCCAGCAGAUCAUGCAUUACCACAUGCAGCACGAGCAGUACCGGCAGGUGGUGGCCGUGUGCGAGCGCCAUGGGGAGCAGGAGCCCUCCCUGUGGGAGCAGGCGCUCAGCUACUUCGCCCGGAAGGAGGAGGACUGCAAGGAGUACGUGGCCGCUGUGCUCAAGCACAUUGAGAACAAGAACCUCAUGCCGCCCCUACUAGUGGUGCAGACGCUGGCCCACAACUCCACAGCCACCCUGUCUGUCAUCCGGGAUUACCUGGUCCAAAAACUGCAGAAACAGAGCCAGCAGAUCGCACAGGAUGAACUCCGGGUGAGGCGGUACCGAGAGGAGACCACCCGCAUCCGCCAGGAGAUCCAGGAGCUCAAGGCGAGUCCGAAGAUCUUCCAGAAGACCAAGUGCAGCAUCUGUAACAGUGCCUUGGAGUUGCCCUCUGUCCACUUUCUCUGCGGUCACUCCUUCCACCAACACUGCUUUGAGAGUUACUCGGAAAGUGAUGCUGACUGUCCCACCUGCCUCCCUGAAAACCGGAAGGUCAUGGAUAUGAUCCGGGCCCAGGAACAGAAACGCGAUCUGCAUGAUCAGUUCCAGCACCAGCUCAAGUGCUCCAACGAUAGCUUCUCUGUGAUCGCAGACUACUUUGGCCGAGGUGUUUUCAACAAACUGACUCUGUUGACCGACCCUCCCGCGGCCCGGUUGACUGCAAGCCUGGAGGCUGGACUGCAGCGGGACCUGCUCAUGCACUCCAGGAGGGGCACUUAAGCAGCUCGGGGGGCGAGGUGUGAGAGUAGGGGUGCAGCAGUGGAGACUCGGGGGACAGAGGCAGGGCUGUUGCACAGGAAUCAGGCACACAUGACCAGGACUACACCCUGAUCCAAUGCCAUGGCCCUCAGGAGUAAAGGGGACUUUCUUUUUCUUCUUCCUUCUUUGGCCAGCCCGCCAUUCCUCCUGUUGACUUUUUGAGCAGUGUGGAUCAUUCCAGACCAGCGGGGGAGGGUACCUCAGCAACCUCUGAGUAUGAACAAUAGCUGCUUUAUUCUCUCUCCAAGAGCACCAGGCUGUGCUUGGGUCCUUGCUCCCAGAGUCUAUAAAUAAAAGAAUAUAAUAGUU